AUGUAUAAAUUUUACGUAUUUAUCUAAAUCUCAAAUUCCCAGUACCAGCCACCGUCAUCUCCAUGCAGAACCAAUUAUACGCACUCCUCAAUUACAACCUCGUCAUGUUAGUUACUUAGAUUAAACAUCAAACUCCCAAACCAAAUCAAACACGUCGAACAAUUCCCUUUCGUCUAUAUAUAUCGGUCCUCUCCCUCUACGAUUUCAAAACACAAGCAUUCUCACAACAAGCCUCUGUACUGCCGUAGCUUUCGAGUGGAUCUCCAUUCGUCGCGGGAUCUCUCUGCCCCUCUCGCCUUUGGAGUUUUCUAGAAGGAAAUUUUGUGUUUAGGAAAGUGGGCGUUGGGUUUAAUUCCCGUCGGUCAUCCGGCUGAACCCCUGCUAGUUGUAACCCAUUACAGUGACGGGGCCAUUGCAUUGGGUUAAAAAAAGAAAGAAAGAUAGUUGAAUGAAACAACAAUCACCAAGGAAGUUUUGCUAACUUUUGAAGGAAGUCCAAUUUUUUUGCUAUCUUGCUGUUGUUGCUGGUGAUUUAAUUCAACAUGUCGUCGCUAAGGAAUGCUAUCAGUAGACGAGCUCACAAAGAAAGAUCUCAACCGCAUUCAAGGAGAAAAUUUGGUCUUCUUGAAAAGCACAAGGAUUAUGUCGAGCGGGCAAAAGUUUUUCACAAAAAGGAGCAGACUUUGCAGAAACUUAGGGAGAAAGCUGCUUUCAGAAACCCAGAUGAGUUUUACUUCCGGAUGAUUAAAGCUAGAACUGUUGAUGGAGUCCACAAAUUAGAGAAUGAGACAAACAAAUACAAUACGGAAGAGCUUAUGCUUAUGAAGACACAAGAUAUGGGAUAUAUUCUUCAGAAAUUGCAGAGUGAGAAAAAGAAAAUUGAAAAGCUUAUUGCCGUUCUGCACUCUCUUGAUAGUCAGCCAUCUAAUAGACACGUUUACUAUGCUGAAGACAGCCAAACUGCUGUUUCCUAUAGAGAACUGGAAACAAGGAAGAAUAGAGUGAGUCGGUUGGAGAAACUCUAUAUGGAUAUGGCAUUGGAGAAGGAACUACAGAAAAAGGGCCGGAAGCGCAAAUUACGUGAAGAUGAGCUUGCUUGUCCCACUUCUAAACCAGUAUACAAGUGGCAGUCAGAACGGAAGCGUUGAAAAGGUGUUUGGUGGGUUUUUAUGAGGAUGCUUCGCAUUUAAAAGAGCUGAAGGUACCAGCAUUUUGUUUGUCAGAUUGGAGGCGUUUCAGUUUUUCCUUGAUGUAGCUUGUGCAUUUCUUGCGGCUUUUC